CCUAGGCCGCGCGCGGAGCGGAGCGAAGCUCGCUCGCGCGUUGUGCGUGGCCGAGCCCGUCAGGAGGGGAGACGAGCCGAGCCGCUGGCGGAGGAGGGGGCGACGCGACGCGACGCGUCUGGCGUGGGUGGGAGGCGGCCGAAGCGGAGGGAGAGGAGGAAAGAACGGAACGGCGCCCUCUGGCUGGCCGCGGCCGAGCCCCCCGCGCUGUGUGCGCACACUCCUUUUUUGCUCCUUAGCAACGGGGGGAACCUGUGAGGGAGACGCGCUGCGCUGUCUGGCUGAAGCAAAGCGAGCGAGCCAGCCAGCCAGCGGCCGCUCUCUGGGGAGCGGCUCGGAAUCUCGAGGCGUCCCUGAGCACCCCCUGACACACACCCCCUCUGGAAUCUUCUCCAGACUCAGGCUCGAGACCCAUCAUGACUCGAAAGCGGGAUGCGGUGCCUCCUCUCAGCGGAUCGGUGCUGGUCGAGGCAGCUGUGGUGUUCGGCAUGGUGAUGACCGUCCACGCCUCCGUGUGGGACCGCUACUCGUGGUGCGCCAUCGCCUUGGCCGUGCAGGCCUUCUACGUGCAGUACAAAUGGGAUCGGCUGCUCCAGCAAGGAAGCGCCGUCUUCGAGUUCCGAGUGUCGGCCAACAGCGGCCUCCUGCCCGCCUCGAUGGUCAUGCCUCUGCUCGGGCUGGUGAUGAAGGAACGCUGCGAAGCUGCCGAGAAUCCCUACUUUGAACGUUUCGGCGUCGUGGUGGCCGCGUCCGGCAUGGCCUUGGCUCUCUUCUCGUCGGUGUUGGCUCUGGGCAUCACUCGGCCCCUGCCCACCAAUACUUGCAUUAUCUCCGGUUUGGCCGGCGCUGUCAUCGUGUAUAUCAUGAAGCACUCGUUGAGCGUAGGAGAGGUGAUCGAGGUCCUAGAGGUCCUGCUGAUCUUCGUCUAUCUCAAUAUGAUCCUGCUGUACCUGCUGCCUCGAUGCUUCACCCCCGGGGAGGCGCUGCUGGUGCUGGGAGGGAUCAGUUUCGUGCUCAACCAGCUCAUCAAGCGCUCGCUGACGGCGAUGGAAAGCCAGGGGGACCCUGUGGACUUCUUCCUGCUGGUAGUGGUGGUGGGGAUGGUACUGAUGGGCGUCUUCUUCAGCUUGCUCUUUGUCUUCAUGGACUCGGACACUUGGGCCUCCUCCAUCUUCUUCCAUCUCAUGACCUGCGUGCUGGGCCUCGGCGUGGUGCUGCCUUGGUUGCACCGGCUCAUCCACAAGAACCCCCUGCUCUGGCUGCUGCAGUUCCUCUUUCAGACGGAAACCCGUAUCUAUCUCCUCGCCUAUUGGUCUCUGCUGGCUGCCCUGGCCUGUCUGGUGGUGCUGUACCAGAAUGCCAAACGAUCGUCUCCGGAAUCCAAGAAGCGCCAGGCCCCGACCAUCAUCCGGAAGUAUUUCCACUUCAUUGUAGUGGCCACCUACAUCCCAGGCAUCAUCUUUGACCGGCCCCUGCUCUAUGUGGCCGCCACCAUGUGUCUGGCCGUGUUCAUAUUCCUGGAGUACGUGCGCUACUUCCGCAUUAAGCCCCUCGGCCACCCUCUGCGGAGCCUCUUGUCCCUCUUCCUAGACGAGCGUGACAGUGGCCCUCUCAUCCUGACGCACAUCUACCUACUCCUGGGCAUGUCUCUUCCUGUCUGGCUCAUCCCCAGACCCUGUACCCAGAAGGACAACCUCGCAGGCAUGAGAGCCCUCAUGCCAUACGCAGGUGUUCUGGCCGUGGGUGUGGGUGACACGGUGGCCUCAAUCUUCGGCAGCACUAUGGGGGAGAUCCGCUGGCCUGGCACCAAAAAGACUUUAGAGGGGACAAUGACGUCCAUCUUUGCCCAGAUCAUAUCUGUGGCUCUGAUCUUGAUCUUUGAUAGUGGAGUGGAUCUCAACUACAGCUAUGCUUGGAUUCUGGGAUCCAUCAGCACCGUGUCCCUCCUCGAAGCAUACACCACACAGAUAGACAAUCUCAUUUUGCCUCUCUAUCUCCUGAUACUGCUGAUGGUGUAGCAGCAGCCAGAAGGGGGCAGGGAUGUGGGCCCGAAGGUGACUGGUUGCCAUAGCUGCCAGCCACUUGGGCAGGAGGAGCACAGGGUUUUUCAGCUGAUUCAGAUCUCAAAUAAAAAUCAAAGCUUUC